ACAUCCAAGGAGGACCUUCUACAAGCUGAUUUUGAAGGAGCUUUGAAGUUUUUUAGGGUACAGCUACCCAAGAGAUACAGAGCUGAAGAGAAUGCUAGAAGACUUAUGGAACAGGCCUGCAAUAUAAAGACUCCUUAGGACAGAGGCAAAUACACACACAGAAAAACUAAGUUUCUGCAGUAUUUGAUCUAUUUCUCAGAAAAAUCCCCACGCUGCCAAGAUACCGUUUAUUAAUUUUGCAACAAUCCGUGGAUCAAGCAUAAAGUAAAUCGUUUUGAGAAAUCUAAACUCCCGAACUUCAAAGGAAUCCUUUAAUGUGACAAAAUACUGCAUUUCAAAAACAGUUGUGGAACAUCCUAGCGAGAACCCCAUUAUGAAUCAAGGCGUUUGGAUCUUUUCUUGCUUCUUUUGGAUUUAAUUUCCUGAUGGACAGUUGCUUUAUGAAGAUCUUACUGAAUGGUGAUUCCAGUAUGUGAGCAGUGGAGCAGAUGUUUCAACUAAACAUUUCCUGCAAAGAUAAGAAAGACUCCCAUAGGAAAGCAACAUAGAGAAGCAGCUUGGAUUAGUUGCUGUGUUUUUCUUUCCUCUUUUUACUCCACCCACUUAGUCUCUUCAGGUGGGUGUGAACAACUGAUACAGAGCUGAGCUAAUUCUUUGCUGUUGGAUACUAAGUCUCUUGCCAGCCACCAUUCACAAAGUGUGCUGACAAAAUGAUGGAAGAAAUAUCCAUUGUAGUGGCCUACGACUCCCAUGUUUUUAGCCUGCGGUGUGAUGAAGACCUUCUGUCCAGCAUGGUUGCAGUCAGCAAACCCAAACAUGUGGUGCCAACAAAGAAGUUAAAAAAAUAUGAGCGAGAGUAUCAAGCUAUGCGGGAGAAUCAGCUGCAGCAGGAAGACCCUCUGGACCAAUACAAGUUUAUAUGUUUGUAGGUAACUCAUCUGCUGUUGAACUUUUCUGGGAAACUGCAUGACAUGCUGAGAGAGAGAGAGUGAAUGAGUGAUUCUUCUACCACUGACAUACAAAGGAGGAAAUGCCUUUGUCUGAUUCCCUACCAUAGGUAUAUUUUGGAAAGUGAAUGCUUGCAGGGAGGACUUCUGACAUUUUGUUUUCUGUUCUGUCAAUUUUCUUGAUGGUUUGUUAAUAUUUAUAGUAGCAUUGAUCGCACAGAGUGAGAAGCACACAUUUCAUAAAGUAUUGCCUUUUAUGAGGCUAAAUAAUUAUUCAGUUACAUUGGUUACAUUUGUGGAUAAAAUGAAACUCCUCAGUUGAAGCCUUACCAUAUCUGAUGAUUAUUAUUUUUUGCUGCUUUUGCAGUUCAGGUGUAGCAUAGUGACUAAGGUGAAUGAAGACAUCUAUCUACAUCUCACAUUACCCACAAAUUUAUUAGUAAGCCUUAAAAAGGCCAUUAUUCUUUCAGACUGUAUGCCAUCACUGGUAUAUUUUUUUUACUAGCUUACCUUACAGGGCUGUUGUAAGGAUUAUUGCAAUUAUGUAUGUGAAGUGUUUUGGGUUUUUUAAAUUUUUUGAAAUACACUCCAUCAGUGAUAAGUAUUAAGUGUGAAAGCUUGCAUUGUGUAACAAUACUCACUGGUUGAAUAAAAUAUUUUUUCUCUACUUGAAUGUUUGUUAAUAUGCUGUCCUAAUCGAUAUUUUGGGCCUUUAGAUGGUUUCUGAAAGCAACACACAUAACUAUUAUUCAUUUAAUGAGAUAUGCCAAAAACUCAAAGAUAUGUGAUAAGCAGUUAUGUAUUGUUUUUUUGUUGCAGUGAUCAGAAACACUGAAUUCUAGGUGGGAGUAGUUUUUUCAUGGUAGAUUGGCAGAUAACUGUCUCCUUAUUUAGCUAAUUGAUUAGAUAUUCUGGUUCAGUAAAUUGUCACUAUAGAUUUGGGUAAUUUUUGUCUUUUUCUGAAAUGGGCUGUGUUUAGUUAUACAGAUCCUUCCAAAUUGGUCUUUUAUUGUGCAGUUUGCCUUAUCCACAUAAUUCAGUUGUGUGUGUGUGUGUGUGUGUAAUUGUUGUCACCUCACACUUACAGACCUACUGUGUUCUUCCAUAUCUUCUUCCCAAUAUUUAUUACCUUAAAAAGCCCAUUAAGGAUGGAAACACAAUAAAUCCACAGUAGCUUUUGAGCAGAUGUUCCAAUGUAGUUGCUCUUUGUUGAUAAAAGAUUGGCUAUUAAAUAGUCAUAUAUAUCUAUAUGUGUGUGUGUGUCAAAGUAUGUAUGUAUGCAUGUUGGUUUGUUUGUACGUUUGCACCACUAAGGCCCCUACAUGGCGUGAUGGAUCUGGACCAAACUUGCCACACAUAACCUUCAUUACUCAACCAAAAAUAAUUGAGAGAUUUUAACUAAUAAAUCCCACCCAUUUUGGGAAAGAAAAGGAACUAUGAUUUUACUAGGAAAGAAAGGGAGUGAAGUGAUUUGGCUGAUGUUGGAUGACAUGUGUAUGAGGGUGAGGGAGGGAAGGAAGGAAAAGGGAAAGAAAGAAAAAGGGAAGGAAGGAAGUAGGUGAAAGGAACGAGAAAGAAGGAAAGAGAAUGAAGGGAAGAAAGAAGAGAAAGGAAGGGAGUUAAGAAAGAAAGAAGGGAAGAAAAAGAAGGAAGAGAAAGGAAAGCUAGAAGAAGUGGGAAGGUAAAUGAGAGAAAGCGAAAGAAAAGAGAGGGAGAAGGCGUAUGGGGGAAAUGGAGGAAGGAAGGAAAGAGCUACAAGGAGAGCUUGCCCACUGUUGUCAGAGCAUUGUCAUUGGGACAUUGUGAUGUAGGUGGUUUCAGAGCUGUAAAAGGACGAAAGCAGCCCAUCCCUGACACCCGGGCAAAGCCAGGUAUAUAUACUAUUAGAAAUAGAAAAUGCAGUUAGUGCAAGUUCUCAUUCUUCAUGUUCUGAAUGAGGCAAUUUUAUCAAACAGAGUAGUCAUGAACGCGAGUGAAAAAUGUUUCUUUUUCAUUUCCAAACCCAAACCAUAGUUUGAAAGGAGGUUAAAACUAAAGAAGAGGGCUUAAUCUCUCUCAACUUUGCCCUCCAGGAAUCCCUGUCUAGCAGUAGCAGAAGUAGCAGUAAUUUACUGGAAUCCUGUCUCUCUGACCAGGUGCCCUUUCCCACUGCUUUCUAGGCCUAAUAUGUGUAUACCUGAGGCUGUGUGGUCCAGACAGAUGAAGGAUUCUGUUGAUAUACUGCCUACAUCUGUGUCCAACAGUCUCCCCAUCUGAGCUAGCCAGGAUGGUUUCAUAAUGAGCAUUGGCAUAAAAUGGUUUGUAGUGCAACAUACAUGCUGAAAUUGCUUUGUCCAGAAUAGCUCAUGUCUGCCAUAGACUACCCAGUCAAUUUUAAACUAUGAAUUUUAUAUUCAUUAGUAUUGUUAUUUCAAUGUUUGUAUUUCUGUUAUCAUGAAUAGAUCACUGCUUCAGGCAUUUCAGAAUAAGAUUAUCCAGUCUGAUUUUAAGGCUGGCUAUGGAACAGAGAUGGCUUUGCUUGCAUUGGUGGACCACCUAUGCCAAGAUAGAGGAACUGUGUUCCUGUUGGUUGCAAUGGACUUUUUGUCAGCUUUCAAUACCUCCACCAUGGUGUGUUACUGGACCAUGGGAUAUGACUUGAGGCUACUGUUUUAGAGUGGCUUUGUUUCUUCCUGAAGAUGUGAAUCCAGGAUGUGGUGCUUGAGGGUCCUGUUCAAUCUCAUUUAUUUGUGUGAUCCCCUGGACCAGUUCUGUCCUCCAUGCUCUUUAAAAUGUACAUGAAAUCGCUGGGAUCAGGAUCCUCCAGAAAGUUUUAACCUAGCACUGUCAGUUUAAAGAUGACACCCAACUCUUAAUACUUCUUGCCACCUCAAUGCAGGGAAACUGUUUCAAUUCUAAACCAAUAUGUAUAAUCAAUCAGUAAUGCACCGGGUUAAGAAAAACUAAUUAAAACUUAAUCCAGAGAAGUUGGAGAUGCUCCUAGUCAAUUAAAAUGGAGAUCAAGCAACAGAAAUAUAACCUGAUGAGGUUAUAUUCCCCUUUGAAUACACAGUUUCUGGAUUCGAGCUUGAACUGGAAGUUUAGAUCUCAGAAGAAUCCAGGAGUGCAUUUGCACAGUUAAGACUUGUGUGCCAAUCGUGCUUUUUUUCUGGAGAUAUUACACUUGGCCAUGACAUAUGCUUUAGUUAUAUCCUGUUUAGAUUAGCAUCGGGGCAGGCUUUGAAAUGUUCAGCAAUUUCGUUGCUCCAAAAAAGCUGGUGCUGGCUACAAAAAGCAUGUAACUCCCUUGCUGCAACAGGUCCACUGAGUGCCCUCUAAAGUCCUAUAUGCUUCCCAAUAAGCAAGGCACAAUGUCUUGUCUCUAGGGUAAAUAAAAAGUAUCUAUUUGUCCACUCUGAAUUAAAUGCUCUAUGUUUUAAUUCAAUUUUCCAUUUCUUUUUAUCACCCAGUUUGCAAAGUCACCUCAAAAGCGUUAAUGUUGGAACCAGAAAAUCUUUACAGCAGUUGCUCACAUACAAAUAGAUACUAAAAUGAAUGUCUGAUCUUGGAGAGAAUGUCAGAUACUUGUGUAACUUGGCAGGUAGUUAUGCAGUGAGAGAGGGUAAGAAGUCAUCAAGUUAUUGCCGUUUAUUGCAUAGUGGGCAUCAGCUAUGUUGAUGUGUAGCUGUACUCACUUUGUCCUUUUUCAAUGACGGUUAUGACCAACAACUUAACAGCAAGAUGCAAUGACCCUCACUCCUCUCAGUCUAGAGACAGACUGAUGGUGGUUGGUUGUUGUGGGUCACACAACAAACAGGAGAGAGUGCGCAAUGGUAACCCACCCACCGAGUUACAUGCCGGACACAAUAGUGACUAAUGGAAGGCAAGUUAAGUGGGAUGGUCCCGGGUAACAGUAAGCAAAAGUUAUGUACAGACAAAGCACUUGUUACAUUCAUACCUUCUCUUACAUCCUCUACAUUUUUUGCAUAUUGUCCCAAAUCCUUACGUUGUGCACCUUUAGAAUAGAAGCGUUCUUAACUCUGGUCUGAUUUUUUUU